AUGGAAACGCGCAUGUCACGCUCUCGGUCCGGCUGUCAGACCUGCAAGCGCAGGCGCCGUAAAUGCGACGAGCAACGGCCUGAAUGUGGCGUCUGCGGCCGCGCCGGCCUCGUGUGCGGGGGCUAUGCGCAGCAGCUCCAAUGGGGGGUGGGCAUUGCCUCGCGCGGGAGAUUCAGAGGUGCGAGCGUGCCUACACCUCAGAUCGUACAGAGUGGCCAGUACCAGCUGUUCUCCACCGACAUCACCGACAGCCCCAUCUCUCAAGCGAUUCAAGCCUUUCCUGGCACAGACUGGACAAUCCACCUCCACGGCGCGAACUCCAUCCUCGAAAACCGUCUAUCCCACGUCACCACCACCACCGCAACUCUCGAUUCCCCCAGUCCAACGCCCCCCCUCUCCGCCAUGACGUCCACCAUCCUCGAAGCCCUCGGCUACAUGGACCUCCCCCCCUUCACCUUCGGCCGCAAGUCCCCGCCCCUCAACAUCUGGGCCCGCCACUGUCGACGCUCCCCGCGCUCCGAGGAAGACGACCACGUCGAGCCUGUCAGCGGCCUGCCGUGCAGCCUCAUCGACGCCUUCGCCGGCAUCGACGACGACGACGACGGCGGUGGCAGCGAGCAGCGCUUCUGGGACUGGAAGGGCUACCCAGGCGAACCGCUGCAGUGCCAGCUGUGGGAGGCGUACCGCUUCGCCGGCAUCCUGGACGCGCGGGCGCGGCGGCGAUGGCCAUGGCGGUUGUCAGCGUCGGCGUCGGCAUCGUCCACGCAGGACAGCACGGUGGCGGCGGAGAGCGGGAGCGCGAGCACGGCGCUCGUCCUGAGUCGGCUCGUCAGCGCCGUCGAUGCGCUGCAUCGCGGUAUCCUCCUUGGCAGCAACGGUGGAAGUGGAGGUGGAGAUGACGGUGACGGCGGCCGCGGCCUGCUGGUCGUCAACGCGCUGGUCUACCCGCUCUGGCACGCGGGCGUCGAGAUCAAGUCUGUUGACGGCUUGCGCAGGUGGCACGGGCUGGUGGAUGGGUGGUGGGCCUUGUUGGCGGAGAGGGAGGGCGAGGGCCGGAUGCGGGAUUUGGCGUGGGCGUAUGCGGCGUGCUGUGAGGAGAGGAGGGCGGGGAGGGAUGGGCCCGUUGACGACAUUGUCAGAGAGCGGGGGGUGGAGGUUGCUUUGGUUUAG